AUGACUAAGUAUACUCGACAGUUAUCUUUAUUAACUAGUCUACUUCUUGUUUUCCCAAUAUGGGCUGAAACAGCAUCGUAUAUGUCCGAUUCCUGGGCUAUGCUUAGUUCCGAACGGCCCAGUGGGCCUAGAUGUGUGGACAUUCCAACAAAUUUAACAAUAUGCAAUGGGAUUCAGUACAAACAUAUGCGACUUCCUAAUUUGCUCGAACACGAGACGUUAAAUGAAGCUAUUCAUGCAUCUCGAGAUUGGGAGUCGCUGUUAAAACUGAAUUGUCAUCCGGAUACUCAGCUUUUUCUUUGUUCACUAUUUGCUCCCAUCUGUAUACCUUCUAUGGAUAGGGAAAUUUUGCCAUGUAGAUCUCUCUGUUUAGCUGUUAAACAGGGCUGUGAAAAUAGAAUGAGAAACUAUGGUUUUCCUUGGCCCGAGAUGUUGUCCUGCCAAAAAUAUCCCGAGGAUAACAACAUGUGCAUUCAACAAGUUAAUCAACAGAAAGCUACUGAUAUCAGCUGUCCAGCCUGCAACCAGGUUUCCACAUACGAGAAUCUUGUCGACCAGUUCUGUCGCAGUACAUUAGUUCUCAAAGGAAAAGUUGGCAAGCUAAGCGGCACUCAUAUAACUGUACGUGGUGGAAGAAGUUUGAAGAAAGGAGACCGUCGAAGGAAUGUUCCCGAGACUGAAAUCCGACUAUCUUCCGAUUAUCGUGACUGUCCCUGUAGAGUUGCUGAUGAAAGUGACAAGCGUUUCCUAAUUAUGGCCAGUAAUGUAGCUGAUGGUCAACUAACAGCUAAUCUUGUUUUACCCUGGAAGAAAGAUAAGAACUUCAAACGAGCCAUUCACCAAUUUCAAAAGCUGAACUGCAAAUCUCUUGGUCGAGAAAUCAGGGAGAGUGCCUCACGACGACCACAUUACUAUGCGAUGAGAAAGCAUAAUACUGGCCGUUACACACUGUUCUAA